AUGGCGGAAGUACCGACGACCAACUUGAUCCGCGCGAAUGGCGCGGUCAAAACGAAGAAAGGUCCCACAGCGCGUCUGACCGCUGAGCAACUCGCAACGAAGAAGAGGCAGCAGGAGGCAAGCCAGCAAUACGGCCGUGGUCAGGGAAAUUCCACAAAGGGGAUCAAAGACAGGAAAUUGCGUGGUAAUUUGCGAGCACUGGAAGAGAAAUAUCAGGAGGCGGCACUCAAGGCCAAAGAUGCGGAGAUUCUGUUGGAGAAUGAUGGAGGAUUCCUCGAGGCGGAAGGCGAGCUGGAACGGACGUACAAGGUCCGACAGGCAGACAUACAAAGCGAGGUCGAUGUCGAGACAGCGAAGAAAGGGUUCGAGUUGAAGCUCGACCAAGCGGGCCCAUACUCUUUCGACUACACACGGAACGGGAAGGAUCUGCUACUCGCUGGUCGCAAAGGACAUAUCGCCACGAUGGACUGGAGGAGUGGGAAAUUGGGAUGCGAGCUGCAAUUGGGAGAGACUGUAAGAGAUGCGAAAUGGCUACACAACAACCAGUACUUUGCCGUUGCGCAAAAGCGCAACGUCUACAUCUACGACCAUCACGGCGUGGAGAUUCACAAUCUGGACCAGCAUGUCGAGGUCACGCACAUGGAGUUCCUGCCAUAUCACUUUCUCCUGGCGACUAUUGGAAAUGCAGGCUGGCUCAAGUGGCAAGACACGAGUACUGGCAAGCUGGUCAUGCAAAUGGGUACCAAGCAGGGCACACCUACCGCUUUUGGUCAGAACCCAUACAAUGCAGUCGUGCACGUUGGCCAUCAGAAUGGAACAGUCUCACUCUGGUCUCCAAAUGCAACCACACCUUUGGUGAAGAUGCUCUGCCAUCGCGGUCCUGUUCGAUCAUUGGCAGUCGACCGAGAAGGAAGGUACAUGGUCAGCACGGGACAGGACAUGAAGAUGGCCGUGUGGGAUGUUCGAAAUUUCAAGCCGAUCCAUGAGUACCAACUCCACCAGCCCGGUGCAAGCGUCUCCAUCAGUGAUCGCAACCUCACAGCCAUCGGAUGGGGCACCCAAACCACGAUUUGGAAGGACCUGUUCUCCAAGCACAAGUCUGAUGUUGAUCAGGUCAAGGUGCAGUCUCCGUACAUGGCAUGGGGAGCACAGGGUCAAAGUGUCGAACGAGUCCGCUGGUGUCCGUUCGAGGAUAUUCUUGGUAUCGGCCAUAACAAAGGCUUCUCCUCAAUAAUCGUGCCAGGCGCUGGAGAACCCAACUUUGACGCACUGGAGCAGAAUCCGUUCGAGAACACCAAGCAACGACAGGAAGCAGAGGUCAACGCUCUGCUCAACAAACUGCAACCCGAGAUGAUCAGUCUGAAUCCAGACUUUGUCGGCAAUCUGGACACUGCCUCACACGAGCAGAAGAAGCUGGAGAAGGACCUUGAUCGCAAGACCGGCGCCGAGGCCGAGAACGAACGCAUUGAAGAGUUGAAAAACAGAGGUCGUGGUAAGAACAGCAGUUUGAGAAAGUACUUGCGGAAGAAGGGCAACAAAAAUGUCAUCGAUGAGCACAAGAUGCGCGUCAUGGAGAUGCGAGAAAAACAGAAGCAAAAGGCUAAGGAGGCCAAGGAGGGAAGACAGGAGGAGCUCGGACCAGCUCUGGCGAGAUUCGCAAGGAAAGCUGGGUGA